AUGAAGGUGAAAUCGUCGGAGUCCUCGGAGGACGAGAGGAAAGAGUCGGAAGAGGCUGCGAUGAAGCUUGCGCACGCCGCUUCGGGAAGCGGCGACGAGGCGGCGGCGAAGCGGCCGCAUCGCGAGGCCAGCGAGUCGGGCGAGGUGUCUGACGACUCGGACCCGAAACGGGCCAGGGGGGACGCCUCGCCGCCACCGCCGCCUCCGCCGCCGCCGCCGAAGCCGGAGGAUCUGCUGGCGACGAGGACGGGCGGCGCGUACAUCCCGCCGGCUAAGCUGCGGAUGAUGCAGGCGCAGAUCACUGACAAGAGCAGCGCCGCGUUCCAGCGACUGGCCUGGGAGGCGCUCAAGAAGUCGCUGAACGGCCUCAUCAACAAGGUGAACGUCUCCAACAUCAGCAUCAUCGUGCGUGAGCUGUUCGCCGAGAACAUCGUGCGUGGCCGCGGCCUGUUGUGCCGCUCCGUGCAGCAGGCGCAGACGGCCUCGCCCACCUUCACGCACGUGUACGCCGCCUUCGUGGCCAUCAUCAACUCCAAGUUCCCGCAGAUCGGCGAGCUGCUCCUGCACCGGCUCAUCCUGCAGUUCAAGCGCGGCUUCAAGCGCAACGACAAGACACUCUGCAUGUCGGCCACCCGCUUCAUCGCCCACCUUAUCAACCAGCAAGUGGCGCACGAGGUGCUGUCACUAGAGAUGCUGACGUUGAUGCUGGAGACGCCGACGGACGACUCGGUAGAAGUGGCCAUCUCCUUCCUGCAAGAGGUCGGCCAGAAGCUGACCGAGCUGUCGCCGCGCGGCAUCAACGCCAUCUUCGAGCGGCUGCGCCACAUUCUGCACGAGGCGCAGCUCGACAAGCGCGUGCAGUACAUGAUCGAGGUGCUGUUCGCCGUGCGCAAGGACAACUUCAAGGCGCACCCGGGCUUGCUGGACGAGCUGGACCUGGUGGAGGAGGAGGACCAGUUCACGCAUCUCGUGACGCUGGACGAGGUCACCAACGCCCAGGACAUCCUCAACGUGUUCCAGUUGGACACAGAGUACGAGGCCAACGAGGAGAAGUACGCCACCAUCAAAGCCCAGGUGCUUGGCGAGUCGGACGGCUCGGAGGAUGGCAGCGGCUCGGACGACGAGGAUGACGAGGACGCCGACAGCGAUCAGGAGCAGGAUGACACGGCGCCCAUCAUCGACAACACCGAGACGAACAUGCUGGCGCUGCGCCGCACCAUCUACCUCACCAUUAAGUCCAGCCUGGACUUCGAGGAGACGGCGCACAAGCUGCUCAAGCUGAACCUGAAGCCGGGCCAGGAGGUGGAGCUGUGCCACAUGGUGCUGGACUGCUGCGCGCAGGAGCGCACGUACGAGAAGUUCUUCGGCCUGCUGGCGCAGCGGUUCUGCAACAUCAACCGCAAGUACCAGGACCCGUUCGAGCAGAUCCUGCGGGACACGUACGACACGGUGCACCGACUUGAAGCCAGCAAGCUGCGGAACGUGGCCAAGCUGUUCGCACACCUUCUGUACACGGACGCCAUCUCGUGGGGCGUGCUCUCCCACAUCCGGCUCAACGAGGAGGAAACCACCAGCUCCAGCAGGAUCUUCAUCAAGAUCUUGUUCCAGGAGCUCUCCGAGUACAUGGGCCUCCCCAAGCUGAACGAUCGUAUCAAAGACGGGACUUUGGCCGAUGCGUUCGAGGGCAUCUUCCCCCGAGACGACCCCAAGAACACGCGCUUCUCCAUCAACUUCUUCACGUCCAUCGGCUUGGGCGGCCUAACUGACGAUCUGCGCGAGCACCUGAAGUCGCAGCCGAAGCCGACAGCGGUGGUGGCUCCGAUCGUCAAGGACGGCAAGUCGUCCAGCGAGAGCAGCGAGAGCAGCAGCUCCAGCUCCUCCGACAGCAGCUCCAGCUCAGACUCGUCCGAGAGCUCCGACAGCUCGGAGGAGGAGCGGCGCCGGCGCAAGCGCAAGAAGAAGAAGGCCAAGUCCUCCGAGUCCGACAGGCGGAGGAAGCGACGCAAGACCAAGAGCCGCCGCGAGUCGUCCCCCGUCGCCUCCUCCUCGGCGCGGAGGCGGUAGUGUCGGCCGCGAGGGCAGUCUGUUCACAG